CAGCGCCGAGAGGGCGUGGCUCAAGCCUGCUCUUUUUAAGAGAAGCACCCUUGGAAGGGCGUGGCCGCCGGGCAGGAGCCAACCCCGGGCAGCGGGGGCGUGUCCCGGGCGGAGGCUUUAUAAAGGGCGGCGCGGCGGGGCGCGUGGCGAGUCCGUGCGGUCUGCGCCGGGGGGGGGGGUUGACGCUCUCUUUCCCUGUCCCUGCAGCAGGGCUGGGCUCGGCCAUGUUCAGCUGGGUGAGCCGCGACGCGCGGCGGCGCAAGGAGCCCGAGCUGUUCCGCACCGUCUCGGAGGGCCUGAAGCAGCUCUACGCCGGGAAGCUGCUGCCGCUGGAGGAGCACUACCGCUUCCACGACUUCCACUCGCCGGCGCUGGAGCCGGCCGACUGGGAGAGCAAGCCCAUGGUGCUGCUGGUGGGCCAGUACAGCACCGGCAAGACCACCUUCAUCCGGCACCUGCUGGAGCAGGACUUCCCCGGCAUGCGCAUCGGGCCCGAGCCCACCACCGACUCCUUCAUCGCCGUCAUGGGCGGGGAGAGCGAGGGCGUCGUCCCGGGCAACGCGCUGGUGGUCGACCCCCGGCGCCCCUUCCGCAAGCUCAACGCCUUCGGCAACGCCUUCCUCAACAGAUUUAUGUGUGCGCAGCUCCCAAAUCCCGUCCUGGACAGCAUCAGCAUCAUUGACACGCCGGGCAUCCUCUCCGGGGAGAAGCAGCGGAUAAGCAGAGGUUACGACUUUGCCGCCGUGCUGGAGUGGUUCGCAGAGCGGGUUGACCGCAUCAUCCUGCUCUUCGACGCCCACAAGCUGGACAUCUCGGACGAGUUUUCAGAGGUGAUCAAAGGCCUGAAGAACCACGAGGACAAGAUCCGGGUGGUGCUGAACAAGGCGGACCAGAUCGAGACACAGCAGCUGAUGCGGGUCUAUGGGGCGCUGAUGUGGUCUCUGGGCAAGAUCAUCAACACCCCGGAAGUGGUGCGCGUCUACAUAGGAUCCUUCUGGUCGCACCCGCUGCUGAUCCCGGACAACCGUAAACUCUUCGAGGCCGAGGAACAAGAUCUCUUCAAGGACAUCCAGUCACUGCCCCGCAAUGCUGCCCUCCGGAAGCUGAACGACCUCAUCAAGAGGGCCCGGCUGGCGAAGGUUCACGCCUACAUCAUCAGUUCUUUGAAGAAGGAGAUGCCCAACGUCUUCGGCAAGGAGAGCAAGAAGAAGGAGCUCUUGAACAACCUGGGUGAGAUCUACCUGAAGAUCGAGCGGGAGCACCAGAUCUCACCUGGAGAUUUUCCCAGCCUCCGUAAGAUGCAGGAACAGCUUCUGACCCAGGACUUCAGCAAGUUCCAGCCGCUGAAGCAGAAGUUGCUGGACGCGGUGGAUGACAUGCUGGCCAAUGACAUUGCCCGGCUGAUGGUAAUGGUGCGCCAGGAGGAGUCGCAGAUGCCAUCCCAGGUGGUGAAGGGUGGGGCAUUUGAGGGCACCAUGAACGGGCCCUUCGGUCACGGCUACGGUGAGGGCGCCGGCGAGGGCAUCGAUGACGUGGAGUGGGUGGUCAGCAAGGACAAACCCUCUUAUGACGAGAUCUUCUACACCCUCUCGCCCGUCAACGGCAAGAUCACGGGUGCCAGCGCCAAGAAGGAGAUGGUCAAGUCCAAGCUGCCCAACACCGUCCUGGGCAAGAUCUGGAAAUUGGCCGACGUGGACAAAGACGGGCUGCUGGACGACGAGGAGUUCGCCCUGGCCAACCAUCUUAUCAAAGUCAAGCUGGAAGGGCAUGAGUUGCCGGCCGAACUCCCUUCUCACCUGGUGCCGCCUUCCAAGCGCAGGCAUGAAUGACCCCACCCUCCCGUCUCCGGACGGACAGGCCGAGCGCAGCAACACGCUCUGGGUGGGAGAUGCCCGAGCACUGCUCGCAGGAGGGACCACGUUCAAACCUCCCUGCUCUGUGUGAAGCUGAGUUGCCCAGCCUUUCACAAAUGUACAAUACUGUAUGUUCUGAUAUAUAUAUAUAUAUUGAUAUAUCUACACUUGGAUAGAUAUGUCUGCAUAUAUAUGUGUGUGUGCGUUUGUCUACUGGAAGAAAGUGUAAUACAAUGUUUUAAGGCUGUAAUCUUCUCUGGUGCUGCGGGGGAAAAAAUGGCUCACUUUUUUAUUUUAGCCGGAAUAUAAUCCUGGGAUUCUUUGCGGGAUCCGGGAAGUGGGGAUAGCUGAUCCCAGAUUCUUACCAUCUUUUGACAGGGCGUAUUUUUUCACAAGCCUGAUGGCUGUCCCAGGACGAGACAAGCAGGACUCUUUUUUUCUAGGGAGAAUCGGUGGUCUUUCUCCCCUUUUAAGCCUAUCCUUAUUCCUGGAACCCGUUGCCGAAGAGGAAAAUUGGGUCACCACUCAGCACACAUCUUCACUGCCCGCAAAAGUCCACACUCACCGCAUCUCUUCCGGAAGUCCCUCUCCUCUCCCACCCUUAUCCCUUCGCCCUUUUCCGGGGGAGGGAUUCGUGUUCUUGUUGCCAUUGCAUGCUUUUGGGGGCCCUAAAUGGUGUCUGGCAGCGAAGCAGGGUUCCUCUGGAGUGGCUGUAACAUCCUUGGGCACAAGCCAGCAUCCAGGACAUAGUUUUGGUUAGAAGCCAAAAAGGUGUCAGCACACAGCAAUGUUUCCUAACUUUGGUGUGGACUUCGACUGGCUGGGGAAUUCUGGGAGUUGGAGUCCACCCAUCUUAAAUCUGGUUGAAUUUGAGAAACACUCCUGCAGAGCGGGCUCCAAGGCAUAGGCAAGAUAUGGGGGGGCAGGACUUGGAAUGAGCAUUGAGGCGAAGCAGGAGGGACCCCCUCCCCACCUCCCAGUUCUUUGCAUGGCCGAUCCUGUUAUCUGUGGGCCCCAGACCCAAUUAGCUAGCCCCAGAAUGGAUCUGCAAGAGAGUACGGAGUCUGCAAGGGGACACAAUGCUGAAGUUCACAAUCUCCCUCACUGUGAGAUUCACUUAGGGAUGGAAUUGGGAAUCUUCACGUUGGCCGGAAGGAAAGGUUGAUGGGUUUAAAUGCUUUCCUGCAAGGGGGGGGGGGGGGGAAGGAAUCAGAGAAAGCCAUCUUAGAUUCCCAGAAUCCCCUAGCAAAUAUGAUCAUUGCUGAGAAUUGUGGGAUUUGGGCUAUUAUCUUGUAAAGGGAUGGCUGGUUUAUGAGUGGCUUUCAGUCUGGGGUGUACCCCAAGAUUUGGGAGGGGCAAGAUUAGCUGCAUUUCUACCCCCCUCUUUGCAAAAGGACAAGAACCUAUUUCCUCACCACAAAUCCCAAUUAAUCUCUAAUCUCUUUAAUCUCCACCUGUUGUCCCCUGCAUUAAAAGCUGAAUUCAAGAGUUGUGCGUCUGGAUAUUUGUCUUCCCUGAAAUCCAGCGCUUGUCCGUUCCACAUCCAUUUUCAGCCCCCACAGAUUCUUCCUGGAAUUUUUUUUUUUUAAUUUCCCCGCUUGGGGCUCGUUUUGAAUGUGGAGGACUAGAAGCUUGGGUUGGGGUUUGAUUUUUUUGCAAGCCUGGUCAGAAAUUCCAGCUGGGGCCGAAUUAGGCAUGAUGGUGAGGUGGAUCCCAAAAGCAGGAAUGAUUUUGAGUGCCCCCCCCCCCUUUUUAGUUUUCAAAUUUUUGCCAUUCAACCUCCUGAAUCUUGGAAAAGCUGCUCUAAAUAAAUCCCUCACACCUC